CGAGAGUUUUUGAAGUCAACGCACCUAGCUAAGCAUAUUCUGUCGCCACCACGUGGGCUGUGUGUCAGAAGUUAGAACAGAAACUGUUUCGUCACUGGCAAUCAUCUUAACUGACAUUUCAGGGAGCCAAUGACUGGCCGUAAAGCACACUCUCUCCUCCAAUCCCUUUACGCAAACAGUUGCCGGUGCAGGGUCUCUGAGGAAGUCUUUUCCUCUCUUUACCGCAACGUGUAUCUUCUACCAGCAAAGUUUGUGUGCAAUGGGUCGCCGAAAGUCCAAAAGAAAGCCUCCUCCUAAAAAGAAGAUGACAGGAGAUCUGGACUCUCAGUUCACCUGUCCAUUCUGCAACCACGAAAAGUCAUGUGAUGUCAAAAUGGAGAGAAGCAGAAAUACUGGUAUAAUAUCAUGCACGGUCUGCUUGGAGGAGUUCCAGACCCCCAUAACCUAUCUGUCAGAGCCAGUUGACGUGUACAGUGAUUGGAUAGAUGCCUGUGAAGCAGCCAAUCAGUAGCCCUCGUGGAGCUGGAUGUCUUUCAGGAACUGGCUGAGGAUGGGGCUGGUGGUACUGGGCCCAUUAGGAUCAAGCUGGUCAGAGGACAUUUAUGAAAUUUUUGUUGCUCACAGCUGUCCAUGUGGUCACUUAAGAUUUACAGUUGUGUGAACAGCAGUUUCACCUAUUUGGUGUUCAGUAGAAAGUGACUAUGAAGCCCCCCUGUUGUCUUCUGACGUCUCCACUGUUCUGUGUAAGAUUUCAGCCCACAACUCUAGUUUUGACUCUUAAGAUGUAUUAAAACAAUUUGAGAGCUUUCUAUUUUCAA